CAGGGAUUGUCGUGUGAAGAGAACUUUACGAUUUUGCGAAUGUUUCGAAAGUUACUGAAACAAAUACCGAGAUAAAUAGAUAAAUAGAUUUUUCGAUUAGGAAAUUGAGUACUCGCGUUUUUGGCUGCAGGUUUAUUACCGUCGUGCCGUUUAUUACUCCAUUUAGAUUUAUAACGAGAUACUGAAGAAGGAAAAAAAAAGAAAGUAUAAAGAAUGAAUAAGUUUAUGCAGAUGCCACUCGGCGACCACUUCGCUUCGGCGUUCACAAUGGCGUUUUACACACGCCGUCGUCAGUGAUUACCUCCCGUUAUCGUUCGUCUGACUAGUGCAGUGGUUCGUUGUCGCUGCGGGCCGGUGACGCGCAUUCCGCGGCGAGAGGAAGACACACGGAAGGUGCUUGGAUUCCCGCGAGUGGAUGACGACGAGGACAAGGACGGGAGAGGUCGGGGGUGGCAUGAUAAACGUAAACAUCCAAAGGGCAUGUUUCACAAGGGACGGAUAAUCAUACAGACGUGGCAGAGAAUAACAGGGAAGCCUUACUUUCGCGUGUGGAUAGACGAUCGGAUGAAUAUCUGAAGAAUUGCGUCGAUACGUUGUGCCGUUGUACACAUUGAGCGCAAUACCGUUUCGACGUUGCGCGAUGUUGGCGGGCGCGAGGUAACGCGCGAUGCACCGCGGCUUUUUAUGACAGAAGCGUGAAUAAACGAGACGCGGUAUAAACGAUGAGCCGCCCUAAAUGGGACGUGCUGUGGUCCCCCUUUCACUCGGACCGAUUUAUAACGUGGGACAACGACGCGCAGUUGAAUCUCUACGAGAUUGGACCGCGUGACAAUAGCGUGCGGGAGAACGAGCAAUCUUAUCUGCAGAUCUCGGAGCACUCCGUCGCCGAGCCGAUCAGCACCUUUACUAUCAGCAGCUUUGCGAAAUGCAUCGACGUGUAUCCGCAACCGGAACCGGACAUCGUCGCCAGUGGCCAUACGAAUGGAAAGAUCGUUCUGAACAGCCUCAGUCCGCCGGAGUUUGAUUACCAGGGCUUGGGCGGCAGAGAGUUUUUUCCAAAGUACAUGCGAUCGUGCAAUGUUGUCGCCUGGAAUCCCGUGGACACUCACCUGAUCGUGUCGGGCCUGGACAAACACAGCAAAGAGCACUCCGUGAUGCUUUGGGAUGUGCACCACAGUCCGAAAAGCUCGGAAAGACCGAUAAUAGAAGCCGGCAUAUCAGAAACCGUACAUUCCGCCGCUUGGUUUAAGGACGAGGCGAGAUGUCUGGCUCUCGGCGUCAAUAACAAGCAGUUGAAAGUUAUCGAUUUCAGAGAUUCUGCAAAAGUGGUGAAUGUGACUCCCACGAAAGCGAUAUAUAAUCUGUCGGUGAAUCCCCAUAAUAAUUACCAGUUACUUUCGCACGUCGACAAUCUUAUAACGAUCUGGGACAUUCGAUGUUUCGAGAAACCGAUCGUUACUAUAAUGCCGCAACGGCAGAUUACGAAGGUGUUGUGGUGUCCCACCAGGAAAAAUCUAAUUGGCACAUUACAAAAAGACUCGGUUGGCUUGCAUUUAUUUGAUGUUCAGUACUGCGGCGCAGAAGAUCCGGAACCUGGAUUUCUGGAAAGAGUGGUUUUACCACGGUGGCAUAGUCCCAUGAGUUUUUCAUGGCAUCCGACCGAUGAGAAUCGAUUGUUGGCGAUAUCGCUGCAAGGUGUAACCGAUUACACCGUAUCUGAGAGGAUAACGCUCAAUUGGUCCGCUCGAUCGUGUCUCAUGUGGAACUGCGCUUUCAAAUCGUUUAAAUACAUACACAGUGAGGAUAGUGUUUAUAAGGAGCUAGAUGACAUCUCGGUUUUAACCAAGAGGCGUGCUAUGUUCGAAUAUGGCUUACUUCCGGAGUUAGCUCACAAUGGCGAUAUAGCUGAGAACGAAACUCUAAAGAACUUGUGGCAAUGGCUGUACUUGAGUCGCUCUUUAGUGGAAGACGGCACUAUACAGAGCCCCGAUAAUAAGCAUCCUGGUGUGAGGACAGUUUUGAAAUUGGAUCAGCAAAACCCAGUCAACGGUUUGAAAACAGAAGUGAUCCAUCGCUCGUGGACGGACAUAGGUUCUGGUUACAUGAUAAAAGUCUAUAGAUCGCCGGACAGAGAGAGGAGCCUUCUUCUCUGCGGCUUGCGAUUCGACAGAGAGACCAACACGGCGUACGAUAACGCGUAUCUGGAGAAGCUGGAGAAGGAAGGCGCGUACGCGAAAGCGGCCGCGUUCGCGGUAUUUAAUCUCUGUCUGAGGCAAGCUAUAGACAUUUUGAAUCGAGGUGCCAGCAAGAAACAAACGACUAUUCUGAAUAUGGUAGCAAUGGCGCUGUCAGGCUUCUCCGAAGAACGUACCACGUUGUGGAGAGAGUCGUGUCAGAAAUCGAAAUCCCAGUUAUCGGAUCCUUAUUUGAGAGCGACAUUCGGUUUCUUGACCGCGGAUAACGAUUCCUACGAAAGCGUACUUAACGAAAAUGGUAUGGCCGUUGAAGAUCGAAUAGCAUUCGCCCUCAUGUUCUUAUCGGAUAAUAAGCUGCACGAGUACUUGAAAAAACUGACCCAGAAGGUAAUUGAAGAUGGAGAUCUAGCGGGCUUCUUGGUUACAGGUGCGGGUAUGGAAAGUAUACAAUUAUUGAGUAGAUACUUGGAAAUCACCUCAGAUGUUCAAAGUUGUACUCUCAUUGCCAUCAGAACUUUUCCGCCUAAGUUGCUUCAAGAGAACCAAGUUCAAGUAUGGAUAACGAGUUACAGACACCUCUUGAACGCGUGGAAAUUAUGGUUUCAAAGAGCCAAAUUUGACAUUGCCAUGAGGUCUUCGACACCUCAGGAAAGGCCGCCGCAACAAAUACACGUAUCUUGUCAUUUCUGCGGCAAAAGCAUAUCGGCUUCCAUGCAAGGUUUGAGCAGGACGAGAGUCCCAUUCGGCAGAUUGGGCAGUACUCCUAACAAAUUGAAGAUGACAGCGUGCCCGAAUUGCCGCAAACCUUUGCCGCGUUGCGCAAUAUGCUUGAUGCACAUAGGUACCGUCAGCGGACUGCAAACAGCUCCCAGUCCCGGCGGUACGAGAAACGAGGAAUGCAAUACCAAGCUUACAGAAUUCAACAGCUGGUUCUCGUGGUGUCUAACAUGUAAACACGGAGGUCACAGCGAACAUAUAGCUCAAUGGUUUCGUCAACAUACUGAAUGUCCCGUGACAUCUUGCAAUUGUCGCUGCUCAUCCUUGGAUUACACGCGUAACGCAACUGUGACAUAGGUAUAAUUACAAAGAUUGUCAAAUAUUAUAUAUAUAUUUAUACAUAUUGAGAUAAUAUAUUUAUUAUAGUUCUAAGGUUUCGCAUGUUGCAUACUUAUUUUGUAUACUUAUUAGGUCCCACCAGAUCGAUUUUAUAUACAGACGCGAGGGAAUGCAUGUUUG